UGUCUGGGAAUUCUGAAUUCAUCAGGACAAUAGCAGCAUCCACCAGGCUGUGACCCUGUCUCCGCCGCGCAGUGCGAGCUCAGCCCCGAGGAAGAGUUCUGUCCCAGGUGCUAUUGGGGAGACCAAGGACAGCCUGCUCAGUGCGGACAGACUAAGGCCCACCCCGCCAUGCGGCCCCGCCUGCGGCCGCCGUCCGACCUGGGCCUGGCGCUGGCGUCGGGCGCGCUGGCGCUGCUGCUGCUGCUCGCGCUGCCGUCGCCGCCCGCCUGCCCCGCCCCCGAGGAGCCCGCGGAGCCCCCGGAGCCCCCGGGCGCCCCCGCGGCGCCCGCUCCGCGCGCCGCCCCGUGCCCCGCCAACCUGACAGCGACCGCGCACCCCGACUUCGCUGGGCUGCCUGCGCACGUGCGCGACUUCCUGCUCUACCGCCACUGCCGCGACUUCCCCGUGCUGCGCGAGCCGCCCGCCGCCAAGUGCGCGCCGCCCGUCUUCCUGCUGCUCGCCAUCAAGUCCUCGCCGCAGAACUACGGGCGCCGCCAGGUGCUGCGCGCCACGUGGGCGCGCGAGCGGGGGCCGCGGGAGGCGCCGCUGCGCCGCCUCUUCCUCGUGGGCUCCGACCGCGACCCGCAGCAGGCGCGCAAGCUCGGCCGGCUGCUGGAGCUGGAGGCGCGCGAGCACGGCGACAUCCUGCAGUGGGACUUCCACGACUCCUUCUUCAACCUGACGCUCAAGCAGGUCCUGUUCCUGGAGUGGCAGCGAGCCCACUGCGCCGCCGCCAGCUUCGUGCUCGACGGCGACGACGACGUGUUCGCGCACACCGACAACAUGGUCAGCUACCUGCAGGGCCGCGACCCCGACCACCACCUCUUCGUGGGCCACCUGAUCCGCGACGUGGGCCCCGUCCGGGCGCCCUGGAGCAAGUACUUCGUGCCCGCGCUGCUGGCGCCCGAGGAGCGCUACCCGCCCUACUGUGGCGGCGGCGGCGUCCUGCUGUCGCGCGCCACGCUGGCCGCCCUGCGCCGCGCCGCGCGCGCGCUCCCGCUCUUCCCCAUCGACGACGUGUUCCUGGGCAUGUGCCUGCGGCAGCAGGGGCUGACGCCGGCCGCGCACAACGGGGUGCGCACGGCGGGGGUGGCGGCCCCCGGCCGCCGAGGACACUCCUUCGACCCCUGCUUCUACCGCGGCCUGCUGCUCGUGCACCGCUUCCUGCCCUUCGAGGUGCUGCUCAUGUGGGACGCGCUGAGCCGCCCUCAGCUGGCCUGCGGCAGGCGGGCACAGGCCUACUGGCCGCCGGGAGAGCCGGGCGCGGCCAGGCCGGGGGACGAGCCGGCCGCCCGCUGAGCCCCCGAGGACGCCCGCCGAGCCCCCGAGGACGCUUGGCCCCCUCGCUGCCGGCCGGGGCAGGCACUCCUCUGAGCGGCCGCUAAGAGGUGCUGCGGGCCGAGCCGAUGGGUGUGUCAGCCUCCAGCCGCAGACCUGGCCUCGACCUCCCUUAGGAGCCCAGGGAAGUGGGGCAGGGGAGAGAGGUGGAUCUCAAACUGGGGAACCUCAAGAGUCUUGACUCGGCCUCACCAGUGUCCACAAGAACUCAGAACUCCAGCGGGCAGCUCCCACGGGGAGGAGGGCUCCCGUGGCCACGGGGAGGGUGGCGGGAAAGAGGUCUGUGGAAGGCUGCAGUUUACCAGCUUACAGAGGGAGGCGAGGGCGCAAUCCAACCCCGGGCUCCGCCCUUUUCCUUUUACCGAUUCAGCUUAUUGUGGGCUGUGGGUAGAAGGGAGGGGAGCCGGUCCUGCCCUCCUCCGCGUGGCGCUUGGGGCUUGAACUCAGAUCCUCAGGUUUGGCGGCAAGCACGUCUACUCCCUGGGCUCUCUCGCCAGCUGCUUUAUAUUUUUUUUCAGCAUCAUUCAUGUUUUAACCCCCCCCCCCGACCUUUAAGAUUUUAUUCACAAAAUCAAGCGUCCUUGUGACGUCUUCACGCCUACAGCGCAGCUGUCUGUGGCUCCAGCCCCCUUGCCCUCUUCCCCCAUUCACGGUUAAGGUUCUUUUCCAAAGGUCAAGGUGGGCGGAGUGCGGUGAAGCUGGCCUCACUCCGGCUUCUCCCACCCCUCAUAGCUCCCGGCACCUCAGCCUGGGGACAUCUGUUCUCCCGCCUCAGCACUGGGUGACCCCACACUUCCUGCCUUGUGUUUCCCUCCUUUAGAUAAGGGUCUCAUGUAGCCCAGGCUGGCCUUGAGUUCCCCCGAUAGCCAGGAUGACCUUGAACUCCUGUCCCUUGCCUUCACCCCCAGCCCAGAGAUGACACUGAGCACCACACCUGCUGUUUGCUGCUGGACCCCUCCCAAGUCCCAGGCCCAGCCCAGCCCGGUUCUGUCUGCGGGGCUCCCGCUGUGCAUCUUGCAGCCUUGGAAAGGGCUCCUGACACCCUGGGCAACAGUGGGGGUGAAAGCCUCAGGGGGAGCAGGGGAAAGGCUGUGUCGGGGCGCAGCCUGGGAAGGCAAGCAGCGGUGUGUGGGGGUACCAGGUGUGGGGACGGGGCAGGUCACGGGGCAGCGGGGGGAAAGGGGCCUCACUGGAGAGCUUGGCUGCUGGGUGGAGGGCACUGCUUCCAACCAUGAGCUCUCUGGGGCUCCCUGUUGCCUGGAUGGAGGCUCCCAGCCCACACCCUGUGGGGACCCUGUGACACACUCACGGCCGCCUGAGGCGGGGCACAGACCAUUCCAGAGCUUAGGGUUAAAGAUUCCCUUGGAAGGGGCUCAGACCUGCCUGACUUCCAAGCAGCCUCAGUUUCCCCAGUGGAUCCUGGUGGUGCUUCAGGUCCAUGUGUGACUGAGGCAGAGUCAUCCCCUCCCCCCAUGUUGCUUUUCCCAGACAACAAUGCGUGAAGUUGAUUUAUUUAGAUGUUUGGGGACACAGGGAGGAGAAGGCACAGGCUCUGUUUUUGGGGUCCACAAAUAACUGGCAUCCUUGGAGGUGACCUCAGGGGCGGGGGGAGGAUACGCUGCCUGAGCCCCUGUCCCUCAGUGGGGACACAGGCCCAGCAGGUCCUGCUGGGUGCAGCCAGUGCGACAGCAGUGGUGCAUAGCCUUGGUGGCAGCGCUGCGGCGCUGGCGCUGAGGAGCCGGGUCGGGAAGGUCCAGCUCGGGGUCCACGUCGGCCACAAGUGCAUGCAGGAGCUGCCGCUGCUCCAGCCACUGCAGCAUCUCCCCUGUGGGCGAGCAGAAGUCAGCCUGAGGCCUCCCCACACCCAACACACAUUACAUGCCCGAGAAGAAGGAACCUCCCCAGAAGAAGCCUGCUGAGCGCUUCAGAGCACUCACCGCCCAACUUUGCCUGGCUUUCGACUGUCUCCUGUGCACCCCAGUUUCUGGCGGUGGGAGGCUGGGGUCCCCAGAAUUGCAUGCCGUCCCCCUGGGCAGCACCCCAGCGUUAGGAGGGAGCCCCACAGGCGCCAGCUGCGGUUGUGCACAGGGACCUCUGUCCUCUGCAAUUCCAUGGGGCUGGAGGCAGAGGCCCUGCCCAGAAUCCCCCAGAAGGCUGUAUUCCAAUGAUCCCAGCCCUGGUGAGGCAGGAGGAUUCCUGUGACUUAAAGCCAUUUUAGGCUGCAGAGGAACAGUCUGUCUUUAAUAACCAAUAAACCAGGUGGUGGCUCA